AUGGUCCCAGUCGCAGAGGCUAGCUAUUUUCCUGAUCUGGGUAAAUGUUUGAAAGGAGAAGAAAUAUUGAUCUCUUGGGAGACGGCCUUCUUUGCUCUCUUGAACAUUCAAGAAAGCGGAGCCCGAUCUACACUUGAGAAAUUCUUCAAAGAGUCCAGAGUAUUAUCUUUACUUGCCAAUCCUGUCGAUGUCUUUCCGGAGCCCACCACUAAGACCAAAUCCGAAUUCCAAUCCAAGCUUAGUCCGAUCAACGCCGACCAUUCCUCCGCAGAGUAUGACGUUAAGAAGGUAUCCGAAGAUGCACUAUGGUUGAGUGGGACAGCUAAAAUCGACGAGGUUUCCGCUCUACGAAUAGUCGUUCAAGAACAUCAGUCGCGGGCAUAUGCGCAACUUUUGGGAAAACUCUCCGAGGAAGAAUUGAUCAGUCUCCAGGAUGCCUUUGGCAACAAAAGAUCUACAAAUUUACUCUCCGCUGGAUCACUUAUUGGCACAAGUGCGGAGGUUGCGCCAACAGAAGAGGAAAGCCAGGGGAACCGACGCGUGCGCGAUUGGUACGAGGGUCUGCAUACAGAAGUUUUAGGCAGGUGGAAGAGCUUGGGUGCCUCCCCGCAUCGUAUGGUGGAACUGGUUCAAACUAUCGAUGCGGGACUUACAAAACUGUUCAACGAGAGGGGUAGUGAAUGGUCCUUGGAGGGUGACGGACGUGAUGACCUCGAGCUUGAAUGGGCAAGCAAUCAGAUUGUUGAGGCAACGCACAUGAUGGAGACAAUAUUCUAUUAUAUAUUUUCCUCUGAUACUGCGCUUGAAAUUUCCCACUCAGAUCUUGUACUUGAAUGGUUUACCUUUGUUAGCAAGUUCAAAUUUCUGGACGAGGUGGGCAUGCUUCAUCCAACUCUUCAGGCCGUGGCUGUGCCCUUGCAGACUAUCACCGCCAUUAUAAGCGCCGCCAUACUUAACGUCGAUAGCUGUUUGAUAUUCCUGGAGAAACCUUCUAAAGAUUUAGCUCCCGCUGAUUUGGCUGAGGGUCCAAAUAAACCAUGGUUGUUGAACCAAGCUGUAAUCGUUAAACUACAUCAAAUACUCACAGAUGCAGCCUCCACAAGUUAUAUGACCGCUGGCCCGGCAGUCCUCGCAUGGAGCGUUAUUCUAAAACACAUCAAAGUCCGUGUCGCUGUUCGAGAGAGACUCCAGCGUCGACGACAUGAGGGCCUCUGUGAUGACGAUGAAGAUAUUGAUGAACCAUUGCCAAUUGGAACAGAACCUAUCCUUGCCCCAGAUGCUUAUGAAGAGGUGCUGAAACAAAUUAAAAUCACGGAUGAGCUCGUUGAUUAUCUAGCUUUAAGCGCUGUCAACGAGAGUCGCGUGUUCGAAGUUCUUGCAAACAUUUCAAGAACGCUUGGCGAUAACUACGAGGCACCUUUCCUGCCACAACUUGGUUCAAGCUUGAGAAUCGCGAUACUGGAGCUCAUGAAGGCAAGUGCGCCCGAUAUUGGUUACAAUGGCCCAACACUGCAAACCAUUCUUUCUGUUGUAGAUGGUGGACAGCAGUACUGGGAUUUCGUUGAUCUACGAAAUGCUGAAAGCGAGUUUGAGCCUAUCACCUAUUUCGUCACAGACGUUGGCUUGGUUCGUGAGUUCUGGCAAAAUGCUAGUAUGCGUUAUCCUUGGGAAGCUUCUCCCUUUCAAAACCUCGUUCACUCUCUGGCAUAUUUGCACGUUGUUGACGGAGGUACUCAUGAGUCAAUAUUCUCAUUGCUAGACUCUCGAUCGACCUUCACAUACCCAUUACCAUAUCAGUUCGUAGAUUAUGAAACGAUCCAGGAGGAAGAUAACAACAAUUCUGUUCAGCUGACUAGCGAUCUUCCGAUGUUUGAGCCCCGAGGGCGCGGGAACAAUAAAAGGCUUCUGAUAGGAAAUGGAAACCAAGGACAGGCACUGGCGUUGGCAGCAGCCAAUGGGGACCUACGUAUUCCAGCGGGAACAGCUGGUGUUAUGAUAGUUGAAAACGAUCCGAAAGUGGUUUACCUAACCUACGCUUAUCGUGGUAUGAGGUAUUUUGGGAAGUUGUUAGAAACAUAUUUGGUAGCGGGGGAAGAAUAUGACGCUAUUACCGGUAUGGAAACGGACGCUGAGACUGUAGCUGACAUUAUUGGAACAUUUGCGACGGGGCUCCUCGCCUUAUCCAGGUCGGGAAAAGAGGCGCAUGAAAUCCAAAAUGAUGCUACGGAAUUCUUCCAGACUGCUAGUUCGGCGUUGAAUCGGAACAGAGAUAUUACACUUGUAAUAUCUGCUAUCUUCGAGCAAGAGUUGCAGAGGCAAUCGAGCGAAUCUAGCACUGAUGCAUCGCUCGACAUUUUGAUCAGUUGCGUACAAUAUUUGCAUGCGUUGCUCCUUUUUUCGCCUGGAAGAGUCUGGCCUCUUAUUGGACGUAGUGGUCUUCUAUUCAACGAUCGUGGUGAUGGUGGUAAACUUUCCAAUAUCGUCGGAAGAAUUGAAGUUAUAUCGGGGAGAUACACAUUCCUCGUAUCAUGCACUCGACUCUUUGAGGCGCUGGUCAAUGACUUCGCAGUAAAUGCUAUCGCGAGGAACCGCAAGACAACCACGGCCUCAGCUCGAUUUAGCCAGGUCCAGGAACACAAUGUUCGAGUUGCCGAUAAAGUCCUCUCCGAGGUUCUCCUCUACUUUACUCGAUACCUGACGGAGGUACUGGAAAGUUCAUACACAUGGCAGUUUGAUUUACCAGGCGAACAACUCCAGCUCACAUGUACCAUAAUGUCUUCCUUUGAUAAAAUGCUUACCUAUGCCUUUGGGAUCCAAGGUGAUCCAGAAGAACAACCACAGUCGGACUCUCGUCCAAAGUCAGAGAUCGGCAGGGAUCCCAAAGAGCAUGUGGUUUCCCCUGUUCCAAUUAUGGGGGCGUUAAGGCCAGCUGCCAUGCACAUCGUUGAUAGCUUUUUGUCCAAGUCCUCUGGCCCUAUGAAGUUUGGACCAAUUCUUCGGACCUUGUUCUAUGGCUUCAAUACUCGUCCCACUACGCUGUAUGCAAAUCGAACACGGCUAGUGACUGAGGGUGUAAAAUCAGCACUUCAAUUUUCCAGAAAACUUCUUCGGAUUAGUGCAUUAUUAGAAAAACCAUCACACUUGGAGACACAGCUAUUCACCGCUGCACCUCUCAUCGCGAGACUUUAUGCUGUAAAUGAUAGCUAUCGCACACCCGUCAUAAAGUUGUUUGAAGCGAUGAUAGUCAGCGCUUCGAGUAGCACCUCGGAGCCUCCUUCACUUCUAGGUUACCUUGGUGCGAAGACUUCGAAGAAUUUCCUUAACGUCGUGUCGGACCUGGAUACCCCUUUAAUUAGAGAUGAAAAUGUUGGAUCAAUAUGGCAUUUCCUGUCAAUGAUAAUGAGCAGUCGGCAGCAAUGGUUUGCAAAUUAUGUUCUCACAGGUAAGACACCAAGAGAUGCGUUAAAGAAGAAGAAACCAGAGGCUACCGUAUCUUCAUUACCGAAACCCCUACUUCUCACGGCUCUUGACAAUCUCUCACAAAUCGGAGAUAUUCCGGAUUCGGAGGCUUUGAUGAUGUUAGAAUUCGUCUCUUUGGCACAAAACUUUUGGCCUUGGACCAUGUACGAGCUGGGAAAUAGCACAGGCUUCAUUACUUAUCUCUCUAACUACAUAAAGACCUUAAAACCGAUUCAAGUUUCGUCUAGAAGCGAGCCAGCAAUCAAGGCUUGUUAUCGUACUCGAAUUGCGGCAUACAUUGCAGAAAUUCUUGCUAUGCACCUCUUUCAUUCUAGACAAACUGGCAAACCUUCAAUUGCCAAAGAUCUUAUGCCAAACCUAGACUAUUACUACGAAAAUGCGGGAGGCCUUCCGACCUACAAUGCAUCUCUCCAUGGCAAUCUCAAGCAAAAUUUCGAUUCCAAGUAUGCUAGAUCUAGUCUUCAGAGUUUCAAGAAAACGGAUCUGGAGGACCGCAAAUUUGGGGAGAACUACUUUUACGAUCUACAAAUACUUGACCAAAUGCUCCAUUCCGACGUAGCUUGGACAGGGCGCAGAAAUGACGGGUAUAAGUUCGAACUCGCGAGUGCUAACAUCAACUUAUCAUUGGUUGAUGCUCAGGUGGCUCUUUUAAACGCCUGGAAGAUUCUUGCUGUUGAGCUAAGUAGCAACAUAACCAAGGAAUCUGGCCAACAAGAGACCCUUGUUGAUGCUGCUCUCAAGUGCCUUGCCUCAAAUGCGCAGAGCCCACAAGCAGAAAAAUUAUAUUCUCGAUUACUCCGAACACGGGCAGACUUUGCCCUUGUUGCCUGUCAACGAUUGAUAGAAGUAAACCCAAGAAGCUCUAAAAUGAAGGGCCUACUAAAGAUAAUCUGGGAGACAAUCCGGAGUUUAGAUAAAAACUUUGAGCUUGCAAUUGCAACUGGGGAUGGACCGUAUUAUAGACUACUCCUCAAAAUCUUAUUCCUGGCUCUGCGAGUCCAUGCCGAAGAUAAUAAUCAGGGGGGUAUUGAACUCAGAGCAUCGACACGAAAACAAAAAGUGGAAUCGGAAUCACCAGCAGACAUUUAUAUGGUCGUCGAUAUUGUAGAGCGUGUAGUUGCCGGGGGCUUGCUUGACCUGGCUCAUAUCAUUCACGAAAACCAUGAAGAGUCAUCCCCAGAAGACAUCGCGCUCGUUACGGGCAUUCUGCAAGCCAGUCUUCGGAUACCUGGCAUCGAAUUUCACCACGCACAAAUCGUGACUCUCAUGGCAAAUUGCAACACUCCUCGUUUAGCUACUACACUAUUUUCUUGGUCUGACCAAAUCGCAAUAAAUGGCGAUCCUAUCUAUGGUGAGCUGAGCAUCCUCUUCCUCUUAGAACUCUCAAGUAUGGCCACCAUGGCCGAACAGCUAGCCGUUGAUGGCGUCCUUGGCCAGGUCAGCUCCGCAAGCAUAACCACUUAUCUCCGUCGCGGCAAUGUUUCUCCGUUCGCUGAUGGUGCUGGUAUCCAACGCUGUUACAACAUUUGGGUCCGCGGUAUUCUUCCUUUAAUUCUGAAUCUUCUUCAUUCAGUCGGCGCAUCCAUCGCUACAGAAGUUGCGCUCUUCAUGAACCAAUUUCCCCAUCUCCUUGCUCAAUCUGCAGCCGCUUUCGACGCACCUGAGUCCUCACGGACGACCUCGAUAUCACAACCAAGACACAUGUGUUUAUCAAUGGCCUCAGAAGUUCACUCGAUAGCUCUUAUUGUCUAUAUUCUCAAUGGGUUUAGAGAACAGCUGCUAGGAAUCCAAGUUGUCCCGGGGGUAAAUUGGGAUCUUGGCGCAGUAGCGGAGAAUGUAGAAUUUUGGCUGGGCAGUCGAGCAGUAUUAAGAGAGAGGAUUGUCCCCAUGGGUGAUAAGGAAUUGGAGUGGAGAGGGAAGAAGAUACAAUCUGGAAAGGCAGGAGCCUUGGGCUGCUUGGAUCGGCUAGAGGAGAAAGUGGUUAUUGAAAUGAUGGGGGUUAGAGAUGUGAUUACUGGGGGCGAUCCCUGA